AUGUGUGUAGGGCACUGCGUGGCACACUUCACAGUGACUGGACCUGAUCGUCCAAUCACAGCAUCUGUCGGUGGGGAGGCUGUCCUGCCCUGCCACCUCUCCCCCAAGAUGAGCGCUCAGAGCAUGGAGGUGAGAUGGUUCCGAUCCCAGCACUCUGCAGUUGUGCACCUGUACCAAGAUGGGCAGGAUCGGUAUGAAAAUCAGAUGUUGGACUAUCAAGGAAGGACAGAGCUGCUGAAAGAUGACAUCACCAAUGGAAGUGUUUCCCUGAGAAUACGUGAUAUCCGACCUUCUGACGAGGGCCAGUACGCUUGUUUAUUUCAAUCACUUACCUUUUUUCAAGACGCCUCAAUGCUCCUGCAGGUGGAAGGCUUGGGCUCUGGCCCUGACAUCUCUGUGGAGGGACAUCAGGACGGAGGGAUCAAGGUGGUGUGUCAAUCAUCCGGAUGGUACCCACAGCCCGAGGCUCAGUGGAGAGAUCUCCAGGGGCAGCUCUUACCAUCAGCCUCUGAAAACAUAUCCCAAGCGGCCAAUGGCCUGUUUCAAACAGAGAUUGCCAUUGUUAUAACAGAAGAGUCCAACCAGAAAGUGUCCUGCUGUGUUAGGAACCCGCGUGUCAACCAGGAGAGAGAGUCAACAAUUUACAUAGCAGAUCUCUUUUUUCCACGGGUCUCUCCCUGGGUGGUGGCUCUGGCAGUGAUCCUGGCUCUUGUGAUUGCCCUGGCCAUCUACUGCAUCUGGACACAACGCAGAGCAAAAGAGACCCUGCAAACUCAUAUGAAGAAUCAGAAGGGGAUUCUGCUAACUGAAAUGGAGCGUGAGAAAGAGAGACUGCAAUCUGAACUGGCGAAACAGAAAGAGGCCCACCUUGCAGAGAAAGCCAAACUCCUGGCUGAGAUCAGGUGGAGAAGCGCGCAGCUCUACGCAGUGGAUGUGACUCUGGAUCCCAACACAGCAAAUCCCUACCUCGUCCUGGCUGAGGAUCGGAAAAGUGUGACACACCGAGACAAGCGCCAGGAUCUGCCUGACAAUCCGGAGAGAUUUGAUACUAUGGCAGUUGUCCUGGGCGCUGAGGGAUUCACGGGCGGGAAACGUUACUGGGAAGUGGAGGUUGGAGAAAAAAAUCUCUGGACUCUGGGGGUCUGUAGGGAAGAUGUGAGCAGGAAGGGGCAUAUUGUAUUUCUACCGGAGCAUGGAUACUGGACAAUAUGGCAGCAUGCUGGGCAAUUCAUGGCCAAUACCUCCCCCACGACCUUGCUGCCUGUGAGCGUCAGGCCCAGACGAUUGGGGAUUUUCCUGGACUAUGAGGCGGGCGAGGUCUCCUUUUACAAUGUGACUGACAAGUCCCAUCUCUUCACUUUCACUGACACCUUCUCUGGGGUUCUCUGCCCUUAUUUCAACCCUGAAUACAAUAAAGGAGGUACAAAUAUGUUUCCCCUGAUAAUCUGCCCAGUCCCAGCUCAGGCUGGAGGGAGUCUCUGUCCCGGACAGUGACACCCGCAGCAGAGACUGUCCCCUCCCAGCACUGACCAGCCCCCAGGCCUG